GCUGGUUGGGUUAGAAGCCGGCGGGGGCGUUCGGCCCGGGCUGCUAACCCGGAGCGGCGGCCGUGCGUGUGGAGUUCGAGGCUUCCUCCACCCUUUCGCCCUUCCCCGGUGGGCGUGCUUCAGGAAGAGUACUGCCUGUUUCUGCCAAAUUAACCAAGUUUACCAGACACCAUCUCCAGGGAACCUUCCAUCACAUGAGCGAUGAAGCGGGUGUGCUGGUUGGUGAGACAGGACUGCAGGCACCAGCGAAUCAAACUUCCCCAUUUGGAAGCAGUUGUGAUUGGUCGAAGCCCAGUGACCAAGAUCACAGAUAAGAAAUGUUCCCGACAACAAGUACAGUUGAAAGCAGAGUGCAACAAAGGCUAUGUCAAAGUAAAGCAGGUGGGGGUCAAUCCCACCAGCAUUGACUCAGUCAUCAUUGGGAAAGACCAAGAGAUGAAGCUGCAGCCUGGCCAGGUUCUCUACAUGGUGAAUGAACUGUAUCCAUACAUUGUAGAGUUUGAAGAAGUAGCAAAGAGUCCUGACCUAGAAACUCAAAGGAAGAGAAAGCGGUCAGACUACGAUGGAGAGGAUAUGGAUACUGCUCAGGCAGCCGAGUCUGGGACAGGGACAGCCCCUGGGAGCAGCCCCAGCCAGUGCGCUGUGCCUUCCAAGAAGGGCAAGGAUGGAGUCACCAAAGAGGAAUCACUGGGCCACUGGAGUCAAGGCUUGAAGACUUCUAUGAAAGACCCCAAAAUGCAGGUUUACAAAGAUGAUCUGGUGGUAGUGAUUAAGGAUAAAUAUCCUAAGGCCCGUCACCAUUGGCUGGUCUUACCAUGGGCCUCCAUUCCCAGCCUGAAGGCUGUGACCAGUGAACACCUUGAACUUCUCAAACAUAUGCACACUGUAGGGGAAAAGGUGAUUGCAGAUUUCGCUGGAUCCAGCAAACUGAGUUUCCGGUUGGGUUACCAUGCCAUUCCCAGCAUGAGCCAUGUACACCUUCAUGUGAUCAGCCAGGAUUUUGAUUCUCCUUGCCUUAAAAACAAAAAACAUUGGAAUUCUUUCAAUACAGAAUACUUUCUGGAAUCACAAGCUGUGAUCAAGAUGGUUCAGGAAGCUGGCAGAGUGACUGUUCAAGACGGGACUUCUGAACUCUUGAAGCUGCCUCUUCAUUGCCACAAGUGUCAGCAGCUGUUGCCUUCCAUCCCGCAGCUGAAAGAGCACCUGAGGAAGCACUGGGGCGGGUGACUCUCUCCCCGGAGACUGAGUGCAGUGCCAGUGCUGUCUGCAUUGCCUGUGCCCCGUGCAGUCAACUAAAACACGCAGCUUUCCAAAUCAAAAGUCACUUAUUCUUGAGCGGGCUCACGCAGGGUGACUGGUUAGUUCAGGACUCAGGAAUUUGGGUUUGUAUGGGUAUAUUCUCUGGUGGUGGAAGCUGGGGCACCCUGAGCACCUUACCAGGACCAUGUCAGGCCUGACUGAUGAGAGGGGGACAAGGCCAGCUUGAGACUCAAAUGCAGGAGGGAAAAACAGAGGGCUAGUAAUAUAUUUUGUUCCUACCCUGCCCCUCCCCCCAGACCAUGUAGUACCUUUUCAUCAGGGUAGCUGAGGUUCUAGAGAGUCUACUUCUCUGACUUUAAUCUGCUCUUCAAUAGUCUUCUUCCCUCUCCGAGGAGGCUUUCAGUCUACUGUACUAGGCUGAGUGUCUAGGUGAAAAUGUGUGGCAGUCAUCUGCACAGAGAUGAGUUACAUGUGACCGUGCCAAGGCAGAGGAGGCAUUCCAUUUGGCCCAGUGUUAACCGUGCAGUCUGCUGAGGGCAGUGUGCACUGUCAGCUUCAGGCAGAGGGUUUACUGUGGCUUCAGUAACAGCUCUUGAGAGCUACAGAACGUACAGCAAGCUUCAGAUAAAGUUUUUCCCAAUGUGCCUUGGAAAAACAGAUGUUGCAAGACAUUUAGUUUCUGUCUAAUGCUAUGUAGUUUAGCACAUCUAAUAUUAAAAUGAAUAUUUGAUUAGAGACUGCAAGGAGGGCCUGUAUCAGAAAGUAAAAAUGUCACCUACAAUGAAGGACAUUUGAAGAAUGAGGUUACUAUGCAUACAUUCUUCAUUCUGCACAAAAUAGGUUUUUUCGGGCUGGAGAGAUGACUUAAUGGUUAAGAGUGCGUUGCUCUUCUAGAGGACCUGUGUUUUGUUCUUAUCACCCAUAUCAGAUGGUUCACAACCACCUAUAGCUCCAGGGGAUCUGACACCCUCUCUGACUUCCAUGGGUGCUGCACCCCAGUGCUCAAACCACAUUCAUAUAUAAUUAAUGCCUUAAAAAAUUAGAUCUCCUAGAGGAAAAAUGUAAAUAAUGACUUGGAGGAACCAGAAAAAGGACAGGAAAUAUUGAGGUAUAUUAAUCUCCUAGCCCUGUCUCCCAAAUAGGCUGUUAUCACUAUGGGGAGAAAGACUUUCUGAAUUCUGGGUGUAGCCUUAGCUAUCCUGGAACUCAUUAUGUAGACUAGGCUGUCCUUGAACUUGCAUAGAUCUACCAUUCUGUGCCUUCAGGGUACUGAGAUUAAAGUAUACCACCACCACCAAAACAAACAAAAUAAAAUUCCCAAAUAUACAAGGAUUAGAUAGACAUUGCCUGUAUUUAAUUAAAAUUCAGUGUUUUCUUAGUGAAAUAUUGUCAUACACUGGUCCUUUUUGCAGAAAUGCUCACAUUCAUCACCUGCUUCUAGAUUGUUCUUUGUGUUUAGAUGUUGAUAAUGGAUUAGUUAACCUCACCUUCAUGUCAGCUCGAAGCUCACUCUUAUCCAGCUCACACACACUAUUCCUGGGGUCAACAUGCUGAACGCUCUUCAAGGAAAGCAUUGAGUGCAGGGUUAGGACUCUGUUGCUGAGUAACAGGUGGUUUGACUCCCAGGCCUCAGCUUCCAGCUCUUGACCACUUCCCAUCCACACGGUGCUGCAGGAUUGCCUGCAUGUCUCUCAGGUUUCAUUGUGUACCUGGGCACUCAUAUUUUGGAGGUAUACAAUAGAGCAUUAUUUAAGCCAUAAAUAAGAAGGAAAUCUUGUCCUUUGCAGGAAGACAGAUACCUUAGAGAUCACCCUGUAAAACAAAACCAAAUAGACACGGAAUGACAACUGCCUCAUGUGAAUGGUCAAAGUUCUAGGCCACGGUGAGGCAGACUAUUGUGGAAUAGAAGCGUGUACAAAGUCUACUUGCCAUGUGGGACAGAGAGGCGAGAUAGCACUUGGUAUUAGUGUCUGCGUAGGCCUUAUUAUGUAGCUCAGGCUAGCCUGGAAUUCAUGGCUGGUCUUGAAUUCAAGACUCAACUGUCUUAGCCUCCCAAGUUCUGGAUGACAGGUGUGUGCUACCAUGCCUGCCUAGGAAGUAUCCUCAGAACUAACCUUUCUGUGGCUGAACCCUGCAGGUGAGAGGGGGAGCCCAGGGCAGAGGAGGCGCUUCUGGGGCUGUCUGAAGAGCCAGUGGAUCCGCCGGGCUCUUACUGACUACUGACAGGAUUUUCACACCACAGACACUUUAGCUCCUGGCAGCUGGGAAUUUACUUUUGCAUUCAAGGACCCAGAUGUAUAGGAGCGAGUGGAGACUCACGAUUAUAGAGUCCCCUGGUGUGGACCUGUCUGACUUGCUCCAACAAGCUGACAGUCCACUCAUCUUUACAUGAGCGAGAGGAAGGUGGCUGCUGCUUGUGGAAGCCAUGUGAGGCACAGUCACAUGACAUUACAGGGUCUUCUGUCACCUUCACAACGGAAUUCUGACUACCUGGAAGUAAUAGGAGUAAGCAAAGCUGAGGUGCUUUGCGAGCAAACUGUAAGGGGAUUUCCUCUUUCACACUGGGAUAUAGCCAGCAAGUUGCUGUCUGGUCAGCCAGUUCCCCCAUAAGCCUCUUAUUGCCAUUCUUUACAGGCAAAGUGAGCCAUAGCUCGGAAUGCCAGAGCUGUAAAGACUUUUUUCCACCUCACGUUUCAGAUUAUCCGCUAACCAGGUGAAUCAGGGGUUUUCUUUUUCUGUGGUAGCCAUUCAGAGCUUUGUCACUUUGGUCACCAGGUGGCAGCAUGUGAACAAAGAAUUCUUAGUCAUCUAUUGGCCUAAGCGUUAUGGGAAGAUACUAUGUAAGUCUACACUUAAAAGUAAAAUGUGUAUGUAUCUUAAUUCUUUUAUCAGCAUUUAUCGGCAUACCUCAAUUGCACAAAGUAAUGGUUUCCUUAUGACACCUUCAUACAUGGAUACCAUGCUUUGGUCAUGUUUGCCUCCUACAAGGAUUUUUCUUUUGUUUGUUGUUGUUGUUUUUUUCUGACUGUAGUAGUUCAGAUGGUAGUAGUCCAGAAUGGCCCAGAACUCACCAUGUGGGGAAGAUUAUCUUGGACUCCUGAUCCUCUUGCUUAUAGCUGCCUUCACUUCCCCAGUGCUGAGACUACAGGCUGCCCCACCCCCCUUAAAAUAGGAUAGUAACAUAAUUAAAAUUGGAGUUUGAAAAUAAAACAUGUUGGUAAUUAGAAUUCAAUACAUAUACAACCAGCUAACAGGAAAGGACAUUUGGCUCUGAGGAGAAAGCCCAUUUUAAGGUGGCUGGCUGGACUUGGGGACUGAGUCCUGACCCUGCACUCAAGAGGGUCUUUGGGACAUAUUAAAUGCCUGGUGGGCGCCGGGCGUUGGUGGUGCACGCCUUUAAUCCCAGCACUCGGGAGGCAGAGGCAGGUGGAUCUCUGUGAGUUCGAGGCCAGCCUAGUCUACAAAGUGAGUUCCAGGACAGCCUCUAAAGCCACAGAGAAACCCUGUCUCGAAAAAUCAAAAAAAAAAAAAAAUGCCUGGUGGACAUGAGAACAUGCUGCUUCAUUUUCUCUCUUUCAAAUAUUUUCAUUAAAUCUUUGAAAAUAUACAGUGUACCACCCCCCCAAGACAAGAGUUUCUCUGUGUAGCCCUUGCUGUCUUGGAACUCACUCUGUAGAUCAGGCUGGCCUUGAACUCAGAGAGCUGCCUGCCUCUGCCUCCUGAGUGCUGGGAUUAAAAGUGUGCGCCACCACCACCCAGCCAUACGAUGUGUCUUGAUAAUAUUCAUCCCUCCUUCAACAGCAUCUGGAUUCACCUUCCUUGUGUCCCCAUGUAAUUUUUUUUUAUUUUCCGAGACAGGGUUUCUCUGUAGCUUUGGAGGCUGUCCUGGAGUUCACUCUGUAUAUCAGGCUGGCCUCGAACUCACAGAGAUUCCCCUGCCUCUGCCUCCUGAGUGCUGGAUUAAAGGGGUGUGUCACCACCGCCCGGCUUCCCGCGUCAUUUAUUUUGCUAUUUAUGUUAUCUUGCUAGUCCACCGAGUCCUGUUGGCGCUGUCCGUAUGAAACCAUCCACCGGAGAGUGAGCCACCUCCCAGGAGCCACACCCUUAGAAAAAAUGGACUCUCCUUCCCCCAGAAGCCGUGCUCGUGAACUCCUUAUUCCUAGCUAGAAUAUUGAUGGGUUUGAUCUCAUUUCAGUUUAUUUAUAUGGAUGUGUGUGUGCAGAUCUGUGUUUGUGUAUAUUCAGUUUUGUGCAGGUGCCCACAGGGACCAGAAGCCGGUGUCAAAUCCCCCUCGAGCUGGAGCCACACAGGUGCUGGGAACUGACUUCUGGAACUCUGAAAGAGUUAGUGACCUCUGCUUCCCCCGCAGGGAGACCUGGGAGUAGUGAGCUGCAGUGAGCAGAUGUUUCUCCAGGGUGUGUUCUUGAAGAGCGGGAUUGUUUUUUAUGGAGACCUAGCUGCUGAUGGGCACCUUAGAGGAAGUCCUUUCCAAGCAAAGGACUGGAGCUGCAUUUUCUGGUGGUCACUCCACAAGCCCCUUGUUUUGUUUUUGCUUCUUUUUGAAAACUGUAAAAAAAAAGUCUUGUUUUCUGAAAUGUGUUAAUAGCCAGUAUAUAUACAAUAAAUCUAUAUUUGAGGUUUCA